AUGGGUGACGAUAAGGACUCGUCAACAUCUACUCCAGCGGAUACUCCCCAAGAGGAAACUCCACAUCAUUCAAGGACGCCUAUCAUCCAGAUCGAUCAUCAGAAUCCCAAGCUCCCACUUGUGAAUCCUGCUGAUGCAAACAAGGAUCACAUUAUCGAAUCCGACACCACUGAUGGCGAGAAUCCCAAGGACUCGCUGCUCAGCUCGCAAGAUUCCAAAAAACGUGGACGCAAGCGCUCAAUAAAGGCUUGCGAACUUGAUCUCAAGGUCAGUGGGCAAUUGUCGAGAUUGAAGCUCAUCUCUGAUAUCGAAGCGACGGCUUCAUCACUCACCACUGCUGAAAGCCUGUCGUCACUCAAGGCUCGCAUGGAGGUGCUCAUUCAAGAAUGGCAACAGUUUUCAUUAAUCCAUGACCAUUUAGCCUCCAAUGCCACUGAAGAAUUUCUCCAACAUCCAUACAUCAAGGACGGCACCUUUGAUGUAUCAUACAGAUCUUACAUUGGGGCUCGCACAGCUUUAAGCACUCUCAUUCAUCAACUAGAUGCUCCAGCUCAACCCAUUCCAGCUCAACAAGUUGCACCACGAGUUCCUCAUCGUGUGGCCCUGCCUCCACUGAACAUCAAUCACUUCUCUGGUGAUUACGCCAAAUGGCCAGAGUUCAGGGAUAUGUUCACCUCAAUUGUCAUCAAUUGUGAAGGUCUUCAAGAUGUCGAGCGUCUCCACUACCUAAAGACUCAUUUAACAGGACAGGCAGCUCAAUUAAUAGCUAGUACACCAAUGUGCAAUGAGAACUUUGCAAGUGCAUGGGCUGCAAUUCAGAAGAGGUACGAUGUUCCUCGUCUACUAGUCUCAGCACAAUUGGACAAAUUAUUAAAUUUACUCACUUUGACAUCGAAGUCUGCCAAGCAGCUCUACUCAAUCAUCGAUCAGACCCAUGAAGCGAUCAGUGCACUCGUCGCUCAACAAGUCAAUCUUUGUGCCGGAGAUUGCUACCUUCUAACUCGACUCAUCAUAUCGAAACUGGAUCGAUCAACCCGAGAAGCAUGGGAAUUAUCAUUGGGAUCAUCAGUGGAAUUUCCAUCUCUCUCACAGCUUCGUCAAUUCUUGACUGAACGCGCUCGAGUUCAAGAACGGUACGAGGAGAGUACCAACAAGCCUGGCGAUCAACAGAGGUCAAGUCACUCCAGUUCAAGAUCCACCGCCAAGGCCAUCAAGGGCACAGCACACGCCCACAUGGCUACUUCAAGCACUCAAGGCUCAACGGUGAGUCCAGCGCCUCAGGCAGAAGGGAAAAGGACUCCAGUGGCUCAAUACCCAUGUGACCUGUGCAAGGGAGACCAUUACGUGGUCAGGUGUGAUCAAUUCGGCAGGAUGACACCACAAGAGCGGAUUCAAGUGGUGGAUCAAUUCAGACUGUGUCCAAACUGCCUUGGACACCACCGAGUCGAAACAUGCAAGUCUCGGUUCAGAUCUCCAGGAUCAUCAUACUCGUUCAACACCGUUGCCCAACUUCAAGAUCACCGUACUCAAGAUUCAACAGAUCCAGAUCAUCAUUCAUCAGUUCCAGACUCAUCAACUGGUUGUGUUCCAGCUCAACAUGCUGCAACGUUACUCGCAACGUGCCAAGUCAAUGUCGUGACCAAGCUAAGUACUCAUCCAAUUCGCAUAUUACUAGAUUCCGGUUCUGAAAUCUCUUUUAUUUCAGAUACAUUGGUACAAUUAUUACAUUUACGCCGCACACGUUCCAAUAUAGCCAUUUUAGGAAUCGGCUCAUCAAAGGCUGGUCACACCAAUGGAUGUGUGACAAUUACACUAGUGUCACAACAUUCAGACCAGUCACUCACGCUGCAGGUUCAUAUCCUAGGUCGAUUAACGGAUCAAUUACCAGCUACCUUAAUAGUAGAUGCCGAUGUGGCUCAAUUCUCGGAUCUUACGCUCGCCGAUCCAGCCUUUGCCUCUCCAGGCCCAAUUGAUGUCAUCAUUGGAGCUAACUACUAUGGUCAAGUCAUCACUGGAGAGAUUAUCAGAUGCGAAGCACCUGGAUUGCUCGCAAAAAAUACAAUUUUUGGAUGGAUCAUCCUUGGUCCAGUCCAAGCUAACUUAACAACACCACCUAGGGCUCACCACGCUGUCUCCAAUCAACAUGAUCAGGAUCUCCAGGAUCUAUUAUCCAGAUUCUGGCUUCAAGAGGAGGUCAUGUCCAAUCAUUCGCGCUCGCUAUCACCCGACGAAGAAGCCUGUGAGGCCCACUUCAAGGAUACUCAUUCACGAGACAGCUCUGGCAGAUACAUCGUCAGAUUGCCAUUGAUAUCAUCUCCAAGUCAACUAGGAGAUUCAUAUACUGCAGCACGCCGCUGCUUACAACAUCUCAUGCGUCGUCUCGAUCAUGAAACAAGACUCAAGACACUUUACAUGCAAUUCAUGAAGGAGUACCAAGAUAUCAAUCACAUGCAGCCUGCAGUUUUACAAUCAUCAGCAACUCAGUACUUCCUACCUCAUCAUGGGGUACUGAAGGAAGACAACAAUUCAAGCAAGAUCCGUGUGGUUUUCAAUGGCUCAAAACCAACCAGCUCAGGACUCUCACUCAACGACAUCAUGCAUACUGGGCCGAAGUUACAAGUCAACAUCUUUGAUGUGCUUAUCACAUCAAGAAAACAUCGGUUCAUCUUCAUCACAGACGUUACCAAGAUGUAUCGACAGAUACAAGUCCAUGAAGAUGAUCAAGAUCUUCAACAAAUUCUCUGGUUCGACAAACAAGGAAACAUCAUCCCAUUCAGGCUCACCACCGUCACAUACGGCACAAAAGCAGCUCCUUACCUUGCCGUUCGAGCCCUACUCCAGCUCGUAGAAGAUGAAGGACAUCGGUUCCCAUUAGCAAUCACACCACUCACGAAAGGUCGCUAUGUUGAUGACAUCUCCGGCGGCACAGACGACUUCACAUCACUUCAAGCAGUUGCUGAUGACACUGAACGUCUCUGCACGGCGGGCGGCUUUCCACUCGCAAAAUGGGCAAGCAAUCAUCGCAGAUUACGUCAACUCAAUCGUGCGGAAGCGAUUACACAAUACAAAAUUGAGGAUCCAGAAGUCAGCACCAAGAUUUUGGGGAUGUACUGGUCUUCACACAGAGAUCAAUUUUCAUUUAAGCAUUCACCAUCGUGCACCACUCAACCUUGCACGAAACGUGCAAUAUUAUCAGAGAUUGCUCAAAUAUUCGAUCCACUGGGAUUCCUAUCACCAAUCAUUAUUCAAGCUAAGAUGUUUAUGCAGGAACUCUGGCUUGUGAAAUUCGGCUGGGACACUCCACUGUCAGCUGAUCUUCGGCAUAAGUGGAUAUCAUUCAAGAAACAACUCAACAUGAUCAACAUCAUCAAGAUUCCCAGAUGGAUCCACUCGUCCACGACUUCAACUCUAGAAAUCCAUGGAUUCUCCGAUGCAUCGCAAUUGGCGAUGGCGGCAGUAGUAUUCAUCAAGGUCCUACCAGCAGAUCAUUCCCAAGAAGCAAAGGUUACGCUGCUUUGCUCCAAGACCAAGGUGGCACCGUUAAAACAUUUAACUAUUCCACGCUUGGAACUCACCGCUGCUCACAUGUUGGCAAAACUAGUCAAGCAUUAUCUAGUUCCAGAUGGCCACUGGAAGUUUGUCCCUGGCACGGAAAAUCCAGCAGAUUGUGCAACUCGAGGCUUGACAACAGCUCAACUCAAGGAUCAUCGACUAUGGUGGUCUGGCCCACCAUGGCUACUCAGAGAUUCAUCGUCCUGGCCAACCAGCCCAAUUCACCUCGAUGCAGAUGAUCAACUAGAAGAACGUCUAAUCAAGGCAUUCUACGUUUCAGCUCAGCCCUUGGAAUCAACAUGGAAAAUCAUGGAACGCCCAAUCCCGUUGCUGCGCAUGCUCAGAGUCACAGCAAUAUGUUGGAGAGUGCGCGACAUGAUCCAGUGCAAACCAAACUCAACUUUGAUCCAUCCAAUCACGUCUCAAGAAAUCAACCUAGCACUUCAAUUCUGCAUCAAGGAAACUCAGCGAGUUCACUUUCAUUCUGAGCUCCAACUACUCGCAAAACAAGCAUCAUGGCCUAAGGAUCACCCGUUUGCCCGAUUGGUUGCCUUUCAAGACACCGAUGGCAUCAUUCGUGUAGGAAGGAGGCUGGAAAAUGCUCCAGACUCUGAUCAACAAAAGCACCCUGCAAUUUUACCUCGUGAUGCUGCUCUGACUCGGCUCAUCAUCUCUGAUGCUCAUCAGCGUACCAUGCAUGGUGGAACUCAACUCACCCUAGCAUGCACUCGUCAACGAUAUUGGAUCAUCGGUGGACGUCAACCUGUUCGCUCACACAUUCUCAAAUGUCUCGUCUGUGCUCGACAUCGAGGUGUUCGAGCUCAACAAUUAAUGGGACAGCUACCAGCUCAACGUGUCACUCCAUCCCCACCAUUCUCACAUACAGGAGUUGAUUACGCUGGUCCAGUAUCAAUUAAAUCUUGGAAAGGAAGAGGAUCAAAGGUAUACAAAGGCUGGAUCUGUGUGUUCGUCUGCUUGACUACUUCAGCAGUCCAUCUGGAUCUCGAAGUGAUUAUUUAUCAUCAGGAUUCAUCGCAGCUCUCAGACGAUUCAUCCAUCGUCGAGGUGUCUGCACAUCACUCUACAGCGACUGUGGGACAACGUUUCAAGGCGCAUACUCAGAAAUCAAACGACUCUUCGUCCAAGGAACUCAGGAAUCAAGAGAUCUACUCGAUUGGGCCACAGUACAUCAGAUUACAUGGCAUUUCAAUCCACCAGCAGCUCCUCACAUGGGUGGAAAGUGGGAGGCAGCUGUGA